AUGUCUGCUGCUAAGGAAGAAGAUGUGUGUAACCACGUGAAAGUGGUGGUCCGUGUCCGUCCAGAGUCUCAGAAGGAAAAAGAUGGCAACUAUAGCAAAGUUGUUCACGUUGUUGACCAACAUAUAUUGGUAUUUGACCCAAAGGAGGAAGAAGUUAGCUUCUUUCACGGAAAGAGACUAACCCACAGGGAUCUUAAUAAAAGGAAAAACAAAGAUCUUAAAUUUGUAUUUGAUACUGUUUUUGCUGAAAGUUCAACCCAGCUGGAAGUUUUUGAGCAUACUACCAAAUCCCUAAUUGAUGGCUUCUUAAAUGGAUACAACUGCACAGUGCUUGCGUAUGGUGCAACAGGAGCUGGAAAGACUCAUACAAUGUUAGGUUCCCCUGAAGAUCCUGGAGUGAUGUAUUUAACCAUGAUGGCACUUUAUAAUUGCAUGGAUCAAAUAAAAGAAGAUAAAAUAUGCAAUGUUGCUGUCUCUUAUUUAGAGGUCUACAAUGAACAGAUACGUGACCUGCUGGUAAACUCAGGACCUCUGGCUGUUCGUGAAGAUACCCAGAAAGGGGUGGUAGUUCAAGGGCUAACUUUACAUCAGCCUAAAUCAGCAGAGGAAAUCCUUCGAAUGUUGGAUUAUGGAAAUAAAAAUAGAACACAGCAUCCCACAGAUGUUAAUGCCUCCUCUUCCCGAUCCCAUGCUGUCUUUCAGAUUUAUCUAAGGCAGCAAGAGAAAACAGCUAGUAUCAAUCAAAAUGUUCGCAUCGCCAAAAUGUCUCUCAUUGACCUGGCAGGGUCUGAACGUGCCAGCGCAACAAGUGCCAAGGGGGAUCGUUUUAGAGAAGGAACAAAUAUUAACCGCUCCCUGCUAGCUCUUGGAAAUGUCAUUAAUGCCUUGGCAGAUCCAAAGAGCAAGAAACAGCACAUUCCUUAUCGAAACAGCAAGCUUACUCGUUUAUUGAAAGAUUCUCUUGGAGGAAAUUGCCGAACAAUAAUGAUAGCUGCCGUUAGUCCAUCUUCUAUGUUCUAUGAUGAUACAUAUAAUACUCUUAAGUAUGCAAACCGAGCAAAGGAUAUUAAGUCUUCUUUGAAGAGCAAUGUUGUUAGUUUGGACAGUCACAUAAGCCAAUAUGUUAAAAUUUGCAAUGAACAAAAGAAAGAGAUCCUAAUGUUGAAAGAGAAACUGAGAGAAUAUGAAGAAAAGCAAGCAAGCAUUCCUCAAAGUCAUAAUGCUGCAGUGCUUUCAAACAACCAGCAAGUGGAAAUAGAAAGAUACAAAGAAAUCCUUAAAAAUGUGUUUGCAAACCGUGAGGAUGUCAGAAAGGAAUACCUCAAGUUGGAAAUGCAUCUGAAAGAAAAUGCACUGAAGACAUAUUACCAGAAACAGUGUCAUGAACAAAUUCAACUGCUGUGCUCUGAAGAAAGAGUAGAAAAGGCCACUUGCAAACGGGAUCAAAGGCUUGCAAUGCUUAGAACCCACCGCAUACACAUGCAGAAAAAGAAAGAAGAGGAGAUCGAACAUCUUGAGGAAAAUACCAAUUGGCUGCAUCGUGUUGAAAAUGAAAUGCGCCUCCUGGGCCAAGAUGGGUGUAUUCCAAAGGAACUCUACAAAGAUCUGCAGUGUUGCCAUUUAAACCUAGAAGUUAAGGACCUGAAAGCCCAGAUUGAGCACAUGUUAUCUCUGAUGUCCCUUCAAGAUCAGCAUUAUAAGCAGACAGAAAAAGUACUAAAUACUUUGCUUCCAAUUCUUCGCAAACAAUACCUGACUUUGAAAGAAGCUGGUUUGACAAAUAAUUUAUCUGAGACUGAAUUUGCGGAGGUUGAACAGUUGAUUCAAAGACAAAAAUCAGUAGUUUGGGCUGACCAGACUGAAGAAAAGGAAAAAAAUCAAGACCAUGAACUGGAAUUGUCAGCUGUCUUUGCAUUCCCACAGCUUGUGAGCAGACCAAACACGCCAUGCC